AAACCAAGAAAGAAGAAGAAGUAGAAAAAAUCUUGAUAGAAAAAAUCUUGAGGGAAGCAGAAGAAGAAGAAAUCAAGAUAGAAAAGAAAAGCGCUAUAAGGCUUCUCAUAGGAUUCGCAUUUGCUGUAAAACAUUACCUACGUGAAGAGGAGGGAAACAAAUGCCAUGAUGUUAGACCUUUUAUUUCGGACAUACAAUCAAAAUUACCUGGAUUUAAAGAUCUGAAAGAACAAGAUGGGGAUGAAAAAGAUGAAGCUCAGGACAAUAAUAAUCGGGGGUGCUGGCCGUUAAGUCUAUUUAGUAGUAAAAAAAAGCCGCAUCAACGUGAAGAAAAGCUUGAGGGAACACGUACUAAUCACAAUCUUCCUUUAGAGAUUUCUUUAUAUAUUGCUGAUUAUAUUACAACACAAGCUCGGAAAGGAAGGAUUGAUGUCCCAUUAUCCAAUAAUUUGUUAUUGUGUGUUAAUUCAUUGAUAGAAUGUUUGUCAUCUUUUGAAAGAAUUUUGAGAUCGCCGAUUCCUUUGGCAUAUUCCAUUCAUUUAACUCAAACGGUAUGGGUUUAUUGUGUCUCCUUACCUUUCCAAUUGGUUGGUGUCGUUGGCUGGUCGACUAUUGUUAUUGUAUUCUUUGCAACUUUUAUUUUACUUGGUAUUGAAAGAAUUGCUGCAGAGAUCGAAAAUCCUUUUGGUUAUGACCCAAAUGAUUUAAAAUUGGGCGAUUUUUGCAGGAUAAUCGAACGAGAACUCAAACUCAUCAUAAGUCAUGACCCACCAGACGUUGAUCAUUGGGUGUUCAGCAUAGAAAAUAUUGAUGCACUCCAAAGAAAAGACUCGUAUAUUGACGCUUUGCUUGCUGAUAAAAAAAAUGUAAAACUUGAGAAUGAAAAAGCUGUUGAUUCUUUCUUUACAAAUUCUAAAAAAGAGAAUGACAUUGCUAUUGAAGUUGAUAAAGAAGUUUCUAGAUAA